CAUUCUUAUUAGUAUCAUUUACAAAAACGAAGAUGGUAGAUAUAGCAGGGGUAGUGGUUCUUGCGGUGUUUUACAUCAUUAUUCUGGGGGUAGGAAUAGUGGCAGCAAAAUUCUCUAAGACGGAAGGAGCCUCCGAGACAGAGCGGUCGUUAGUUGCUGGUAGACAACUCAACCUAGGAGUUGGCAUUCUGUCAAUUGCAGCAAGUUAUAUAGGUGGUGGAUUCUUGAACGGAUUUGCCGAAUCAGUGGCUCUCGAUGGAGUAAUCUGGAUGUUAAUGCCCGUUGGGUUAACGCUGGGAAUUUUCGUUUCAUCUUUCGCCAUCGGAGGAGUGAUGCGUAAGAGGAAAUAUUUGACAAUGUUAGAUCCAUUUAAUGAGAAAUACGGAAAGGAGGUGACUGCCGUCUUGUUUCUUGUGAGUCUUCUGGCCGAUACGCUGUGGUCUGCCUCUAUAUUAACUGCAUUGGGGACAAGCCUUUAUGUAAUGAUUGGACUGGAUUUUGAGCUGUCUGUGGUUGUAUCUGCCGUGAUCGCUGUAUUCUACACUAUGAUAGGGCAGAUGAUAGCUGUUGUCUUUACAGAUGUCGUGGAGUUGGCUUUCAUUGUCAUUGGUUUGGCAAUUGCAAUACCAUUCGCUGCAACAAAUGAAAAUGUUGACCUAAAUUCACUUCGUGAAACACAAGAUAAAUGGGCGGGUACCAUCGAGCCAAUACAGAUUGCGUCGUACAUAGAUUUAGCCGUAGGACUAUGGAUAGUUGGAAGUGUGCCAUGGCAGAGUAGCAUUCAACGAUUCUUAUCGGCCAAAUCGGUUAAAGAUGCGAAGAUAAUGGGAGUUGUUGGCGGAAGUCUGUAUACUAUUAUUGGUAUAGCUCCCAUUACUAUUGGAGUUAUAGGACGUGCGACUGACUGGAACAAUACAAGUUAUGGGGAGGAUCCUAUACAAGGUGACAAGGCAGAUAUGAUACUACCUUUAGUGAUAUACCAUCUCACGCCUAGACCCGUUGCUGUUAUAGCCUUAUGCUCCUUGACGGCUGCAGUGAUGUCAUCUGUAGAUUCUAUCAUAUUGGGAUCAAGUGGAAUGUUUACACAAAACAUCUAUGUAGUCAUCAUUCGUAAAAAGGCAUCAGCGCGGGAAAUAAUGUGGGUACAGCGAAUAACGAUGCUCGUACUGGGCGUUGCGUCAGUAAUCAUCUCUAUAUAUGGAGAAAAAACUGUCAUUGGAUUGUAUUAUGUGGGUACAGAGAUUACCAUGGUGGUUCUAUUUCCUCAAUUGAUAUGUAGCAUGUACAUAGAUGUUUCUAAUGGAUAUGGUGCUUUACUUGGCUCUGGUUUGGGAUUAGUCCUUCGUUUCGGAAAGGGAGUUCCUUCGUUAAAUCUAAUCGCUUUUAUUCCUUAUCCACCCUAUGGCACCAACGAUGAUAUAUUUCCUGUUCGAAUUCUGAGUAUAAUCGUUGCCAUUUUGACCACAAUUAUAAUAUCAUACGCUACAAAAAUGAUGUUCACGAAGGGACUCGUGGGAAGAAAGUUUGACAUGUUGAACCAGUUCUUCAAAUCUGAUCCGGAAAUAGAGACGAAUAACGAAAAUGAGGAGAGCAUAGCGUUGUUUUGACAACCAUGUGAACAUAACAGAUUAUUGCAAACCUUUAAUUACAUAUACUUUAAGCUAAAGUAGUAUGUAGAUUGUCUGGUGACUAAUGAAAUAAAACAAUAUGCUGCAAUAAUUAAUUGGUAAAUAAAAUGUGCAUGAUUCGAUCAAUUGCCUUAUUAAGGAUUGAAAAUUAAAGCACUGGUAGCACACCAUAGCGCUUCCAAAUGGCCGCUUAGGUAAUCGCAAACAAUUUCAGAUGUUAUAUCGAGGAUUAGGACUAUGUUCUGACCAUGUAGACAGGCA